CCGACUUCCCCGUGCUGGUGCCGCCGCCGCCCGUGCCCGAGUUCAUGGAGGAGUACGUGCAGCGACUGCAUCAGGCCAGCGGCGAGUGUCUGCUCUGCAACUGGGCCGCCGCCAACGACUCGGACCCGCUGGCAGGCCGCGGCUCGGGCGCGCCCUCCUCCUGGAUCCCGGUCCUGGUGGCGGUGGCGCUGCUGUCGGCCGCGCUCGGCGCCGUCGUCAUGGUGAUCGUCAUCAGGUGCCGCAGGUGGCGCAUCCUUCCGUCGAAAAGUCUCUGUCCCUUGGCGACAACACACCAACCGAAAGAGUCGCCACCGCCGCCGCCGCCGCCACCUCGGCCGGCCGGCCAGCCCUACCUGCUCAACACGUACAGCGAGAUCGGCGAGCCGCGCCGCCUGCUGCCCGACGGCACGUACGAGAACGCCGGCUACCUGGCGGACGGCCCGGCCGGCGGUGAGUCGGCCGGUUCGGACCCGAGCAGCGCCUACUACUCGGACGCGUCUGCCGGCGAGCGAAGUCGACCCCGGCCGCCGCCGCUCUGCUCCGAGUACGUGUGA